GAAGAAAUUCAUACAAGAGAUGAUGCUUUGAAUUACAGUAAUGAAGCUAAAGGUGCUCAAAUGGUUCAGAUUUCGAAGAAAGGAAGUAUAGUUGAGAAAUCAUUGGAUAAGCUGAAAGAAACAAGCACGGAUGUUUGGCAAGGCACUCGGCUUCUAGCCAUUGACGUUGGCACUGCUAUGGGACUGCUGAGGAGGGUUCUAAUAGGGGAUGAAUUAACAGAGAAAGAAAAGCAAGCUCUCCAAAGAACGUUAACUGAUUUGGCUUCAGUAGUUCCAAUUGGCUUUCUCAUGCUCCUUCCAGUUACUGCAGUAGGGCAUGCUGCUAUACUGGCUGCAAUACAACGAUAUGUACCAUCACUGAUACCUUCCACUUACGGACCUGAAAGGUUAGAUCUCUUGAGGCAGCUUGAGAAAGUAAAGGAAAUGGAAGACGAGGUGAAACCCAACGAAAGUCCAGAGGAAUAACCCCCACAUUUUCUGCUUAGUUUUAUUCUGAAUCCAGUUUCACAGUUUGGCUUAUAGAAGUUCAUUCCGAGUGUCUUGCACUCUGGGUAUUUACUCACUGCGUUGCCUGGUUUACGUCUUAAAUUCAGUUAAUAAAUAUAUGAUUUUCACAAACUGGACAUUUCUCUUACACCUUCCGUUCGUUGUAGUUUAGUAGAAUAUGAUCUUUGUUCAGUCUUUUUUCGAACAUGUAAAAGGUAUCCAAGAUUUGAUCAGCGUGGUUUAAUUAUUUUGAAGUACCGUAAGUAUUUAUUUUUAUUUGUAAAUAAUAUCAAUUUAUAUGUUUAAUGAAGUGGUCCAAAGACCUAAUUUUGUA